AACGUGUAUAAAAGUACCUGCUCACCUCCUCAGCGCAGCAACACCUGCACGGUCCCGAUGAGACAACCUGAAAACUGAAACAUGGCCUCUCCACUGUCAGCCGUUCUGCUGCUGGUCAUCAUCUGCGCUGCCUCUGCAGCAGCAAAGGUCCCUGCAGACUGCUGCCUCCAGGUCAGCGACAAGCAUCUGCCACCAAAAGCAGUUGCAGCCUACUUCCUGCAGGAACCGGGCCACGGCUGCAGCAUCCGAGCCGCCGUGCUGAUUACAAAGGCAGGAAGGAAGCUGUGUGUCCCCCAUCCCAGUGACAGAAAAUGGGUCAGUCGCAUUGUGUCUCUGCUGGACAAAACCCAAGAGACAUAACAGAGACGCAGAGAGUAGUGAACGCUGGGAAAAGGACAAAGAGGUUAAAGGUCAGGGAGGACUGAACUGAAAG